AAGUCCACAGACGCUUUGUACAAACAGCGUACACACUCAAUCCAUAUAGACUGUAUAACUUGAUAUAUACAUAUAUUAUUAACUAGAUAAGCGUCCAGCAGGUGUUGGUGCCUAAGCAAAAACAAAGAAUUUCACAUUUCUUGCAGUUCUUGUUAGUUUCAAGAGGAAAAGAAUUCAGUAUGACUGUCAAGCGGUCACUAAUAGCAAUCUUUGUUGUUACGUUUUCUUUUGUCGGGGCGACAUUUGAAGAGGAGGCUGACAACCUUCCACCAGACCUGCCGACGGAACCUGAAUGGCACGACGUAAUUCCACUCGGUCAAGAUGUCGAAGAUCCUGCUUGGCAGAGUGACCAAGACAUAUUGCCCGGCAGAGAGCGCGUAGUUCGACAGCAUUCAGGCACGGUAUCUACCACCUACACCCGGUGGGGGCGGAAGGUCUGUCCAAACGGAGCAGAGCUGGUAUAUGAUGGCGUGAUGGCUGGGUCAGGGCACACGAAGAGCGGCGGUGGAGCAGACUACCUCUGUCUUCCCAUCGUCCCACAGUACGGCAGCACAGUCGCAGGAUCUCAAAGCAACAGAGACCACCUGUACGGGGUAGAGUAUGAGACAAGCGACUUCGACCCCGCCUUCCGUGACGUAAAUCAGCACGAUGCCCCCUGUGCCGUGUGUAGGGUAGUCAACAGGGGGUCUAGCCUUAUGAUCCCAGGGUGGAAUAGCUGUCCCCCCGGGUGGGUAAGGGAAUAUUCUGGGUAUCUAAUGUCUGCCCAGUUAUACACACAUACCUAUUCCUCCAGCAGUCAUCACCGUACCCAGCACAUAUGUGUAGACGAGCAGCCAGAAACAGUGUACUGGACUAGUAGUAGCCAGGACGGUGCACUGCUCUACUUUGUAGAAGCACGGUGUACCGCCGGCGGAGGAAUCCCAUGCGGCCCGUACGAAGACGGCAAUGAGCUGACAUGUGCGGUCUGUACAGUCUAACACAAUAA